GGCAUUCGACGCUCAAAUGAUCCAGAUAGUGUCUAAGAAAACAGCAGACUCAGAAUGGCUCGAACAGUUCGGCGUAAAUAAGCAAUUCGAUCCGAGAGCAAUCAGCAUAUUGGCUCACAUAUAUGGCGCCAAUGAAGACCAAGAAGUCGACGCAUACGAUCCAUUUGAAACCGAUGAUUGGCCCUUCUCACCAUUCGAAGAUAUACUCUGUCAAAAGCAUCUUAAACAAAACGAAAUGGACCAUCGGCCGAAACAGGAUGAAGGAACGACUAACACUGGGAGACUGAAGGAAACGUCCCACUACAAUCCAGAUCAAGCAAUGUCAAUUCUGGACACAGUGGGAAAAUAUCUUCGACGAAGUACACAAAGUCACAUGGAAGGACGCUAUAACUGCUGGAUAUGCGACGACGACGAAAACGACAGCGACAAGGAGAACGAAAAACCAACACCAAACCAAGAGGCAAUGCCUAACUACAACAAUUGGAAUAAUUGAAAUAAAUAACGCCAGAUGGCAAUGUAAUAUGAUAAAUAAAACAAACAUCGUAUAUUUAAACACUUGUUACUGAUUAUAUAUACCGCAGUAUGACUCCGCCUCCAUUCAGACGUAACUUGGACUGGUACAACGACUACCGCACACAAUUUACAUUACCACGCGGACGUAAUCAGAAUAGAAGUUCAGAGUUUAACCGCGGCUGGCAUAACUACCUCAGGGAACGACUCAGGGAACAAACAGACGAACACGGUGAAUCAUUCAACGACGAAACACGAGACUUUCUAAGACGAGGAAACACUGAAGCACCACACAGAAAUGUUUACAACUGGCUACGAAACUUUCAAUCGCGAGGUAUGAUAAAUCCACACACACACACAACUCGGAAUACCUCAAGCAGUACAACGAGGAGAAGCAGGAGUAGCACUAAUCGGUGCAGCACGAGAAACAGCAUGCACAGUAGCGUAUAACAACGAACUCAGAAACAAUUUACAACGAGGUGCUCAAAAUAUAGCCAGAGGAGCAUACAACAGAGGACGUGAAAUAAUACAAGGCUCUAGAAGCAGCAGAGAAGUAUGAGAACCCGAAGCACAACGCGCACGACCGAACGAACCAGAACAACAGGGUCUACAAAAACAAGAACCACAAGAACAACAAGAAAUUUCAGAACAAGACGAGGACAUGGUCGACGCACCUCCACCAAAAGACAGAAAAGGCACAGGCCCAUCAGAUGGUAACAAAACAACCGGUGCACGACAAAGACAAUGCGAGUACCAGAAAACCAAGUCAAAACAGUCACAUUCGAAAGAACAUAUCAUCACACAGUAACAACAGUAAAUCAAUCGGAAUCAUUAAUCAGGUGGACAAGCCCACAAAAAGGACAGUCAGCAUACAUGCAACUCGACGCAGGAUGCAAACAAAUACCAUACACAAAUCCAAUGUCAACACUAACAGCAGACGAUGUACAAAUGCUUGGUCUACAAGACGCGUUCAGACCUGUACACUUCAGUGCAACCACAUUCAACAUCGUAGGAUUCGGAAACAAUCUAACAACAGUAGCAGGACAAUCAACACAAACAUAAACGUCAACAUAUCACCAACAAUGAUCUACUAUAAAGACCUAUCAGGCACCAUGGGAAAAUAUACACACCAAACAACGGACCUCAACUUACCAAAUCACAACAUGCAAGUAUACA